AUGGCAGCUCCUCAAACCUCCGGAUAUCUCCAAUCGAACGACCCCACCAAGCCUCGAUCCGAUGCCGCAGUCCCCUUCCGCGACAUAAUUCCCUCUCCGGGCCAUCCGCGAAUUGCUGGAAUAGAAAAUCAUGAUGCGUUGAGCUGGUGCGAAUCGAGGAGGCAGAUUGAAGCUCCCGCUUGGUUGAUCAAUCGGUUGGAGAAGAAGAAUUUGGAGCCAUAUAAGGGAUUCACAAGCGAUGGGAAGGUAAGAGAGGGAUUGUAUACAUAUGCGGAAGAUGAAGGGGCGCCUACUGAGGAGGUUGCUGCCAAAGUUGCGGAACUUAUGGGAGUGCUGAGCGAGGAGGAGAAGAAGGCAGUGCAUUGUGGUGAAGUUACGGACGAUGAUUUUCGAUUGUGGUCGAAUCCAGAGCUAUACAUGAACCCAGGUGGUCUCCGACUCGACGAAUGUUCCCCGAAAAUCCAAACUACUAUUCACUCCAUCCUCAAAGCCUCCUCAUCUCCCAAGGGAUACGAGAAGAUCCUUGGAUGCUGCCUCACAAACGACUUCUUGGGACACCUAGUAAACGGCAAGAGAGUCCUCAACGAGCAUUCUUUCAAUUUCAGACUCUUUGGAACUCCAUCACUUACCUCGCCAUGGGGAUAUACUUUUUUCGGGCAUCAUCUGUGUCUCAAUGUUGUGUUUCUGGGAAGGAGGAUGGUUAUCGGGCCAACAUUCAUGGGUGCAGAGCCAGAUAGAAUUGACGAAGGUCCUCAUGCAGGAUUGAGGCUGUUCCGGGCAGAGGAGUUGGAGAGCUUGAAGUUAAUGCAAACCCUUCCGAAGGAGCUACAAGACAAGGCCACUUUGAGCCAGGGAAUGGAUGGGAAGAGCUUGCCUGCUGAUAGAUGGAACCCAUUUGACGAGAGACAUCUUGGUGGUGCUCGACAGGAUAACAGAGUCGUGCCUUAUGAAGGUUGUCCCGUCUCAGAAUUCCCAGCAGACAAGCAGGAAUCGAUCAUCAAUCUGUUCAAAGCCUUCAACGAAUACUAUCCGGACGCAGUUCUACAACAUCGAUUAUCACUUUUCAAGAAGCACUUGAAUGAGACCUAUUUUGCUUGGAUCGGGGAAUUUGGAGAGGAAGAUCCGUAUUAUUAUCGGAUCCACAGCCCAGUUGCCUUCAUGGAGCUGGAUUUUCACUGUGGAAUCUUCUUGACAAACACAACACCUGCGAGGUGCCAUAUUCAUACAGUCAACAGACUGCCAAAUAGAGGGGAUUAUGGGCGAGCAUUGAUAGGAGCUUAA